AUGGUCUACACGCCAGUGAUUAGGGACGAGGGCGAACGCGGCAGUGACCGCUCGCCGGUGCGGCCUCGCGAGAGGUCGCGCUCACGAUCGAGGUCGAGAUCGAGAGGGAGAAAAUCGCCUCGCUACGAUCGGUACGGACGAGAUGGACGGCGUGAUGGAGGCAGAAGCCGGAGCAGGGAAAGAGAACGCGAGAGCUACCGCGAGCGAGAUAGAGAAAGAGAAAGGGACAGAGAUAGGAGAAGGAGCCGAAGCAGGGAACCAGAGAGGCGCGGCCGCUGGGACAGAGCUGAUGCCAGCCCCAAGAGAAGAUCGCCCGGACGCUAUCAGGAUGAGUGGCGUCGUGUGGACAACUACCGCCCCUAUGGCGGUGACUCGUAUGGCGGUGGCGGCGGUGCUCCCGGCUCCGAGGCAUGGCUCGAACAUCGCAAGGAGUUGCGCAAAACGGCGAGACUGCGGAGUCCCGUGUGGGCACCAUCACCCUCGCCUCCGCGCCGAAUGCGCAAGGCCGCCGCCAAGCGCAAGGCGCGCAGCGAGAGCGACGAUGACGACGAAGAGGAGAGGGGCCGCAAGCGCGAGGAGGCCGUGCGCGAGCUGAGCGACGAUGAGAAGGACGGCAAGGCCGGCGACGAGAAGAAGCGGAAGGAGAAGGACAGCAAGAAGAAGAGGAAGCACGAUUCGUCGUCGUCCGACUCUGAAUCCUCGGAUUCGGACUCGGAUUCCUCGUCCGAGGAGGAGCGGAGGAAGCGGAGGAAGAAGCGGAGCCGCAGCAGCAAGCGCGACAAGAAGAGCCGCAAGAGCAGCCGUCGGUCCUCCAAGAAGAGUCGCAAGAGCAGGCGGUCGCCUUCGCCGUCAUCGUCGUCGUCCGAGGACGAGAAGCUGAAGAAGAAGAGCAAGUCCAAGGAGCGGAGCAGGAGCGCCAGCGAGAAGCGGGACGCGUCGUCGGACGAAGAAGACGAAUACGUGGAAAAGCCAAGCACCGCCGUCGUGGCCGCCGAGGCUCCUGCCACGGGCGACAGCGAACAGCAGCUGGCCAGGAUCGAGGGCUCGGUGGACGGAGGUGCGACGGACGCCCAUGGCGAGGGUGGCGACGAGGACGACGAGGACGACUGGGCGGAGCGCAAGGUCGACGCGCCGGUGCACGUUGGCCCGAUGCCGCUGCCCAAGAUGGAGCUGGGCCACGGCGGCUACGGUGGCGCGAUGAUGCCGGGUGAGGCCGAGGCCUACGCCAAGUACGUGCAGGAGAACAAGCGUAUCCCGCGACGAGGUGAGGUCGGCCUCUCCAGCGAUGAAAUCGAGAAGUUCGAAACCCUCGGCUACGUCAUGUCCGGCUCGCGUCACAAGAGGAUGAAUGCAGUGCGUAUCCGAAAGGAGAACCAGGUCUACAGUGCGGAGGAGAAGAGGGCGUUGGCGCUGUUCAACUACGAGGAGAAGGCCAAGCGCGAGAACAAGAUUCUCGCCGAGUUCCGAGACAUGAUCGCCGUCAAGUUCGGCACCAUCAACCCGAGCGGCAGCGGUGGCAUCAAACCGCCCUCCGGCGACGAGUGA